AGUUGGAUGGGUGUGUCCAUUUGAUAAGCUUUACUAAGUUUUGGUGUAACAAGGUGUAACAAGGUUUUCACUAUGUGACAUUAGGUCUUGUCUUACUGUUGGAAUCUAUAGAUAGUCAUUCACAAACUGAACAUCAAGGGAAUAUUUCUAUGUGUUGUUGAUCCUCGAGUAGCUUGGAUACAUGUGGAUAGAAAUGUAACUUGAAUAAAAAUGCCUCUCCAGCUUCUUGAAGGAAUGUCCAGCAGGAAGCGAAGACCUAACUGGACAGAUCAGGAGUGUCUCCUCCUGGCCCAGUUAAUGCAGGAAAAGAAAGACAUAAUCAGAGGAAAAUGUAGCACUGGAGUAUCGAUACAAGAUAAAAGACAGGCGUGGGAGGAAAUAACCCAAGCCAUAAAUACCACCUUUCCCCAGAUUCAGCGCACAGUUUCUGACUGCAACAAAAAGUGGGAAAAUCUGCUGUCAAAGUCGAGGGAGGAGAUCAAACGACAGAAAAGGCAAUCAGAUGGAGGUGUGUCCCUUGACGAGUUAAGUGCUGUGACCCAAUUAGUGAUUUCAGUGAUGAACCUCUCAGAUAUGCUGCACCAAGAUGGAGAAGACUGCUCAUUGUCAGACUUGGUGGAAACACAACAAAACCGUUUCAGAUGUGAAAAAGAUUUGAACAGUCACACAGAUGAUGACAGUUUCACAAACAAAUGUCCACUGACAGGACACGAGUUCUCUACAUACCCACAACCGCCCAGCUCUCCAGGAGAACAGAAAAUGACUGCUUUUACCAGUCUCCCGAGAUCACAUGUAGUACAGUUUGGUGCUGCCCAUGCCUCCUUCUUAAUGGCCUCUGGAGAACACCCAGAUACUCCCUGCUCUACUUCUCCAACCACAGCCCACUGCACCUCUUUGCAAGAGCGAAUGGAUUUGGAAAUGUCUGUGUUGAGAAGACAAGAGGCCGUCCUCAAGCUGCAAGAGGAAUAUUACACGCUAAAAAUCAAGUUGAUGCGAAAGCAAAUGGAAGAGCCACCGCAAAAGGACUAAAAAACAAACUUGUACAAAACAGAGCUGUAGCUGAAUGUGACAGUGAAUGUUAUGAUUUGUCAGUGGUACUCUUGAAAUCUGUGAAGUGUUUUGGCUAAUGUGAAACACCAAAACAUAUUUAAUCUAGGUCAGGAUUUACUCCAUAUCACAAAAUGAAACUUUCAGCAGGUUUGUUCCAUUAUCCUUAUGUGACCCAGUCCCUUGCUGCCUGACAUUUUGGGUUUAAAUAAAAAAUAAAUACAAUACAAUCUGUGAGAGUAGUAUAUGGACCAUGUUAAUGUAUUGUAUUGUUUCUGUCUGCCAUGUUUUGUUGUGGAGGACAGUUAAAUUGAACUUAUCCUUUGCCUGUUGGCUCACAUACUGGAAAAAUAAAUUACUGCAGAACCAUAUUAAAAUACAUUAAAGCAUUUAUUUCCAAAUUCAUUUGACCAUAUCCGGUGGAAAUUUGUUCAUGUGUAAAUCAUUUGUUGCUUGAAACAGCAUCAGGCCCUAUACAGUAACUGUGGAAUUUCAAUACACUACAUUCUUGACAUGGAUGUAUAUUUUGAAGAAACUGUAAUUUGUGAUUUUCUGGCAGGAAAUACCAAUCUGUGUAGUCUUACACUGAGUUUAUUUGCUGAAUGCUGCCAUUGACUCCUAAGUGCAAAUUUGCAAGCUGUAAAUGUCUGACAUGUACCAAUAAAAGUAUUUGUUAAAAUUGAA